UGACUCGCGUUGAGAGGACAUUUACGAAGCAAAGCAAGAUGGCAGAAGUAGCACCCGCUCCAGCCGCCGCUCCGGCGAAACCAGCGGCGAAGAAGAAGGCGGCGACCAAGCCCAGGAAAGCCGGUCCCAGCGUGAGCGAGCUCAUCGUCAAAGCUGUCGCCGCAUCUAAGGAGCGCAGCGGCGUGUCUGCAGCUGCCCUCAAGAAGAACCUGGCUGCCGGAGGCUACGAUGUGGACAAGAACAAGUCCCGCGUCAAGAUCGCCAUCAAGAGUCUGGUGGCGAAGGGGACUCUGGUCCAGACCAAGGGGACCGGGGCGUCCGGCUCCUUCAAGAUGAACAAGAAGGUGGCCGAGCCCAAAGCCAAGAAGCCCGCAGCCAAGAAAGCCGCUCCUAAAGCCAAGAAGCCCGCAGCAAAGAAAGCCGCAGCGGCCAAAAAGCCCAAAACAGCGGCAGCCAAGAAGCCGGCAGCAGCCGCCGCUAAGAAGCCCCUGAAGAAGGCCAAGAAACCCGCAGCGACACCCAAGAAGGCAACCAAGAGCCCCAAGAAGACCAGGAGCCCCAAGAAAGCGGCAGCUAAGAAGCCCGUAGCAGCCAAGAAAGCUCCCGCUAAGAAGACUGUAAAGCCCAAAGCCAAGAAAGUAGCAUCCAAGAAGAAGUGAGCUGACAUCGCUCCGACAAACAAUAAGCCUGUCUGCAAAAGGCUCUUUUAAGAGCCACCCACCUCACCUUAAAGAGCGCACUCCAUUAUUAUUAUUAUUAUUAUUAUUAUUAUUAUUCCUGUUAUAGCGACAUGUAAAGGUACAGUUAACAAACCCGCUGUACGUUACCGUCAACAGGCCUGUGCAGCGUUUAGGAUCAACUGUAUGAAUACAGUGCCAAUUAAGUGGCUUCACAUAAUAUUUCACUGAGUCUGAAAUGUCACUCACUCAACAGUGAGGAGUGAGGUAUUAGGCUUCACCUCACUCCCCAAUCCCUCAAGGUGAACUUGCCUUGUGCUGCUACUACUUCUAGUUGCCAAUAUAUUUUUCAGAGGCUUUUGUAUAAAUUGUGUGUGUGUGUGUGUGUGUGUGUGUGUGUGUGCUUUCAAAGGAGAGCUACUGUACAAAAGACACCAGUAUGAAGGGGCGGGUGACAUACAUCUUAGUGCCAUUGUUAUUUUUGACUGUAAUGUAUUUUUCCUCAUCAGUUAUGUUUACUUUUGAUGAUGAUCAUUUCACUGCCAGUAACUGAAAACAUUCCAGAGCGACAACGAGUGUUUCCAUAUUUCACGUUGUUUAUUAUGGUGUGCUGUCAUGAUUGUAUAGUUCACAUAUGACCGUCUUACUCUUGUAUGGUGGGAGCUGCUGCAUGUGAUGGGAUGAAUAAGGUCUUGCAAUAGUGAUACAGUGCAUGGUGUAGUUUGAGCAAUGAUGAACGACUUUAUUCAAAUGCUCAGGUGUCCUUAUUUUGAAGCAAGUGUUUGUGUCAAGGUGAAUGCAGUUUGAAGUGAGAGUUUGGAGUUGAAAGAGGAGUAAAGCAGGGUCAACAAUCGAGUCCAGAUGGAUAUUUUAACCAGUCAUUUCAAUUUAUAUGAACAAGCAUCUGGUGCAAAAUUAAACCAGGACAGAACAGGAGGAGGAGAGACAUAGACAAAAACAUAUUCAAGUCAAACAAGUGUGUGUGUGUGUGUGUGUGUGUGUGUGUGUGUGUGAGUGAGUGUGUGUGUGUGUGUGAAAAUGUCCCAUGAUGUUGAUGUUGUGAUGAAGAAACACAGCAGCAGCUCCUGAUAGACUGUUAGAGCUCAGCAAGUAUCUGAUGAAGAUGAAACACAAAUCCACAAAUGACUAGAAGCAUCAAUGAGGAGGUCAUAGAAAUGAAUUCUUCUUCUCUUUUCUUCAGAGGAAUAGAAGAAAAAGAAAUUAUAGAAAUUGUUAAUAAAUCUAAAAACAAGUUGUCAUCUGACUGUCACGAUAUAGAUAUGAAAACAGUAAAAAGGGUUAUUGCUGGAAUUUCCAAACCGCUCACUCAUAUCUUCAAUUUAUCAUUUCAAACUGGGCAAUUUCCUCAUAAAAUGAAACUAGCAAAAGUAACGCCGCUUUACAAAACCGGGGAUCGUCACCACUUUACAAAUUACAGGCCUGUUUCUCUUCUUCCGAAAUUCUCAAAAAUACUAGAAAAACUUUUUAACAACAGACUGGACAGUUUUAUAGAAAAAUGCAACUUACUCAGCAACAGUCAAUAUGGAUUCAGAUCAAACCACUCAACAUCGCUUGCUUUAACAGAACUCAUAGAAACUAUCACAGAUUCCAUAGAUAAAGAGCAAUAUGCAGCAGGAGUAUUCGUUGACCUAAAAAAGGCAUUUGACACAAUUGACCACAGUAGAUUGAUUAAUAAAUUGGAGCAAUAUGGGGUUAGGGGGGUUCCUUUGAACUGGGUGAAAAGCUAUUUGAGAAACAGGCAGCAAUAUGUAAAAAUGGGAGACUGUUCGUCAGAAUGUCUAGAUAUUGUAUGUGGUGUCCCCCAGGGGUCAGUGUUGGGACCGAAACUCUUUGUACUAUAUAUUAAUGACAUCUGUAAUGUGUCUAGUUUAGCUAAUUGUAUUUUAUUUGCAGAUGACACAAAUAUU